CCUGACGCGUCCUGCAGCGCUGCCCUGGCUCGCUGGGCGGCGCGCGCACACGCAGACGCGCGCGCGCGCACACACACACACACACAUACACACACACACACCCCGCGCGGUUCCACGCCCCUGACCGCGGCCCGGGCGCUGCGCUGCUCUGCGCGGCGGGAGGCGGGCGGGGACCGGGGGCGGGGGCGGCGGCGGCGGCGGCGGCCUGGAGAGCUGAGAAGGCGGAGCAGGGAGCCGGGAGCGGGCUGGCCCGCGCUCCUCCUGCUGGCCGGGGAUUUUCCAGCCUGGGCGCUGACGCCGCGGACCUCCCUGCGGCCGUCGCGGACCAUGGGCGACAAAGGGACCCGAGUGUUCAAGAAGGCCAGUCCGAAUGGAAAGCUCACCGUCUACCUGGGAAAGCGGGAUUUUGUGGACCACAUCGACCUCGUGGACCCCGUGGAUGGUGUGGUCCUGGUGGAUCCUGAGUAUCUCAAAGAGAGGAGAGUCUAUGUGACACUGACCUGCGCCUUCCGCUAUGGCCGGGAGGACCUGGAUGUCCUGGGCCUGACCUUUCGCAAGGACCUGUUUGUGGCCAAUGUGCAGUCCUUCCCACCGGCCCCCGAGGACAAGAAGCCCCUGACACGGCUGCAGGAGCGCCUCAUCAAGAAGUUGGGCGAGCACGCCUACCCUUUCACCUUUGAGAUCCCUCCAAACCUUCCAUGCUCUGUGACACUGCAGCCGGGGCCCGAAGACACAGGGAAGGCUUGCGGUGUGGACUAUGAAGUCAAAGCCUUCUGUGCGGAGAAUUUGGAGGAGAAGAUCCACAAGCGGAAUUCUGUGCGUCUGGUCAUCCGGAAGGUUCAAUAUGCCCCAGAGAGGCCUGGCCCCCAGCCCACAGCCGAGACCACCAGGCAGUUCCUCAUGUCGGACAAGCCUUUGCACCUAGAGGCCUCCCUGGAUAAGGAGAUCUAUUACCAUGGAGAACCCAUCAGUGUCAAUGUCCACGUCACCAAUAACACCAACAAGACGGUGAAGAAGAUCAAGAUCUCAGUGCGCCAGUAUGCAGACAUCUGCCUUUUCAACACAGCUCAGUACAAGUGCCCUGUUGCCAUGGAAGAGGCUGAUGACACUGUGGCACCCAGCUCGACGUUCUGCAAGGUCUACACACUGACCCCCUUCCUAGCCAAUAACCGAGAGAAGCGAGGCCUCGCCUUGGACGGGAAGCUCAAGCAUGAAGACACGAACUUGGCCUCUAGCACCCUGUUGAGGGAAGGCGCCAACCGUGAGAUCCUGGGGAUCAUUGUUUCCUACAAAGUGAAAGUAAAGCUGGUAGUGUCUCGGGGCGGUGAUGUGGCUGUGGAACUGCCUUUCACCCUAAUGCACCCCAAGCCCAAAGAGGAACCCCUGCAUCGGGAAGUUCCAGAGAACCAGACGCCAGUAGAUACCAAUCUCAUAGAACUUGACACAAAUGAUGACGACAUUGUAUUUGAGGACUUUGCCCGCCAGAGACUGAAAGGCAUGAAGGAUGACAAGGAGGAAGAGGAGGACGGUACUGGCUCUCCACAGCUCAACAACAGAUAGACGGGCCGGCCCUGCCUCCACGUGGCUCCGGCUCCACUCUCAUGUGCUCGGAUGCUUAUUCGUCUUCUUCCCGUUCUGGUUUCUUUUCCCCUUUGUUCUUCCAGUUUCUACCAGGGGGACCCGUGGCCUUCCAGAUCACGGUGAUGAACCUCUGACCUCAGGAUUGGCCCCACGUCACCAUGCCAACAGGACCACAGCACACCAGCUCCACCCCAUCUCUGCCAUUGCCUCUCCACUCCCCUCCUUUUCAUGCUGUCUCCCGGAAAAGCUACCAGGGUUCUGGCCUUGGAAUUGGACUUGAGAUGGGGAGCAGACAGGGGAGGAUGGGGCAUGCAGGACACGGUGUGGUGGGCACGAGGGCUUGGAGGGAUGGGGAUGAGGGCUCAAGACACGAGAGAAGAUGUCCACAGUCCCAGGUGGUUAACAAAGUUCUGGCAGCUAAAAGAUGACCGCAUUGAAGGCCACCUCCUUCUGGCUGGGAGGGGCAGACCUGUGGACAGAUUCUCAGUGCCUUUUUGAAGUUCUGACCCACCAAAGACCUUCUGCCUUCACCCUCCUCCCCACCCGAUGUCCCUCUGUGUCUGAUAGUGACGUUGGUGAAAGUUUGUAGACCACAGGAGUAGAGAAAAGCAACUGGAGUGACUUUCUUACCAGCAGUUACCUAGGCUGAGGCAAGCUGUGUGGACUCAACAAAGUAUAUUUCAGUACUGUCAGGAUGUGACAUCUUAGCUACCUUGUAUUUCAAGUGCAUGGGCCUGUCUAGAGAUAUGCAGAGAGAAAAGCAGAGGAAGGGAGGGAGGGGGUCUUCAGCAAGCACCAGCCCACAGCAGAGUUAGCUGAAGCUCUUGAUGAGGGUUCCCGAAGUGGGCCGCUGGGAGAUGGAGGCAGGGGGUGGGGAGAGGAGAGUCUGCCUUAUGUCCCUUCCUUGUGGACUUCACAUGGUCAUGCAGGAAGUGAGGAUGGGGGUCUAGCGGGGGCUGAGGCCACUAGUAUCCUCCUGCUUCCCCCUGCCAUUCUCCAGGGCUGGACUGAACCUGCAGACUGGGAGAGUGUGCCUGAGGCCACCAUGCCACAGUCAAAGGGGGUCCUAUCCCAGAAGGUGGCAGCAUCCAUGGAGAUAUCCUCACCCAAAGGGAAGGAGGCUGCUGGGUAGCAAAUAAGCCCCUUCUUUUCUUGGGGAGUUGAUGACCUCCAGUAGCUCCCAGUGUCCAUGGGUACCCAGUAUGCAUUGGCUGGUGUUGGCGUGAUUGAGACCUAGGGCAAUUCCUGGGGCAAGAAGCCAGAUGGGAGAUGAGGUAUGAGUGUUAGGAGUUACCCUCUUUGCCUGGCCUUUGAGAAUAACUUACUGUGUGACUUUGGGCAAGUUCCUUCCCCACUCUGGGCCUCAGUUUCUCACUUGGGAAAGCAAGGAGUUUGACCAGAUGAUCACAAUGGGCCUUCCUAGCUCUGGCCACCAAGAAUUUGGGAAUAUUAGCGCUCCUGGUCUGGUGGGUGGAUCCAGAGCUGCUGCCUGGUCUCUCUGCCUCCAGAGUGGUUUUAUUGGACCUCAGAGGUGGCAGGGCCCUAGGGAGCACCAACUCCCCUCAACUUCACCCCCUGCCUAGGACUGGGAAGGGAUUGAUGUCAGGCUGUGGCCAUAGCUAGCCUGAGUUGCCCAAGGAGGGACAGAGCAUGUCUUUGCUGAGGCUUGGCUGAGGGGCUUGUGAUAGGGCCUGCAGUACCUCACUGCCCCCUGUGGAUGCAGACACCCUGAGGUUUACCCAAACAAAUAUAUUGAUUAGCAGGACAAGGGCUCUCUUCUCAGUUUCUGCUCCCUUCCAUCUCUGUCCCAUACUUGUCUGAAAAGGGAGACAAAAAAAUCUUACGCAAGUGGCAUCUCAGUCCUUUCCAGUCCAGCACCUCUUGGGAGCAGGCAGUGUGACUUAUUUCCCACGGUGAAAUCACCUGUUUCACAAGCCUGGCAGUGCGACUUCUGAGGCUCAUUCCAUCCACUCAACCUAAGCCACCCCUCCCCAGACCAGAACCAAGUCAGCUAGGGGCAGUCUUACUCCCCGGUCUCCCAGGCAUCCAGCCCCUCCUAGAGCUUGCUGGGCAGGCUGUACCUCAUCCGGGCAGGCACAGAGCUAAUGAAAUGCUGGAGCAGUGCAUGGCAAACAUACACACCCCCCUCCCCGUGUCUUCUGAAACAUUUGGGGCUGACACAAGACCCUUUAGUGUUUGGAAUGACCUCUUUCCUGCAAACCUCUUCCCCUAUCCCUAACGCAUGCAUGGAAAAGUUUUGUCAGGCUGGUUUCCCGAGCCUCCGCCUCAACAUCACACUCACCCUUUUGGGUUUAGCCCAGUGUUGUUUAGCAAAUUUCUCCAGCUGCAGGGAAGGGUCAGAGCACUAUCUUUUUUUUGUUUUUCUCCUUGAGCCAGGACUGUACAAGGCAAUGGCCAAACGUAGUUGAAUUCAGCCUACCAUCCUUUGCUGAUAACUCGGCUCUAUGCCAAGUACGGGAGACACAGAGAUGGGUCAGUCCCAGCCCCCAUCCUCAGGAAGCCCACAGUCAGGGGAAUGUUGUAGGGGGAGGUAAUAGAGGACAAUUGCCUUCAGGGCUCCUGGUGGCUGCUGGUCCCUAUCGUACCUUGAUGUGAGUUAGAAGACAGUGCCCUUUCCAGGUGAUUCAGACCCACACUAGAAUGCAUAGCUUUGUGAGUGACACACAGGUUGGAUUUUAGCACCCCUUUCCCCUUGGCCAUGUGCUGCAGCCUCGAGGGACACACAGACCAAAGUGUUUCCUUCAGCUUCUUCCUGGAGAGGAAGCACCAGGUCAUGUUUCCAAGCUUCUGGUCAACUCCAGGCAGCACCUCCCAGCCCCCAAACAUGGCCAAGCGAGUGCUUCUCUGCAGGGCCCCUUUCCCUUCUGGAGUCAUUCCAUCCAGGUGAGACCUUGAAGUGAAACUAGGGGUGGCGGAGCCUCACUAGGCCCCAGGCACCAGCCCACAGUACUGGUGGUUUCUGUGCCAAGCAUUUGGGGCCUGCGCUUGCCAAGCCGUCCGUCACCGGGACUUUGUAGUGCACCCUGUGGGUGGCGUGUGGACACCAGUCUUGACAGGAAGGAAGAGCAUGGCCUGGUGAAAACCCACCGAGCAGAGGGCCAGCUGGACCUCCUCAGCAUUCCACCCAGGGGAAGAGUUCAGUCCCCAUGAAGAUAAGGACUGAGUUAUUUGGCUGCACCUCAGCGUCAAAGCUCAGCCCUGCUAGAGUGGGUUCACCUGGCUGUUGGUUUUGUGGGAGAGUUCCUGACAAGCUGGUUCCUACGUGGUGCAGUAAAAGGAAUUCUGUCCUGGAAGUCCCCAGUGCCACCUCUCAGUCCUGGCUGUCACCAACCACCUGGGGGACUUGGGCAAGCUACUUAACCUCUGGGGCUCAGUUUCCCUAACUGUAAAAUGGGAUUGUAAUCCUUUCCCUUCCUGACGCAGGAAUUGUUAUGAGGCCCAGAUGAGACGAAAGUCAGCGGUCAGGGCUCUAAGUUGAAAAUGGCUGCAUGGGUGUGGCCCUGCCACUGCAGGGAUGGCCCAAGGUCACACAGGAAGUUUGCUGCGGGAGAAGCCCUCCCCACCAGUCUUCAUCACUUGCCCUGCUUCUCACUUAGGUAGAUGUCAACCAGAAUGAGAUACAGCUAAUUUGGCUUUGAUGACCUAGCGGAGCGGGAAAUUUAGACACGAUUCAGGAAUAUUAUGCCCAAAAAUAGUGGUCCCAUCAACCAGGACACAGAGGGAAGACGUGGAUAUUGUCAGUGAGUGGUGGAGGUGGACAUCUUGGACCCUCAUAGGCCUGGAGUCACUCACAUCUCCCAUCUGUCAGAACCCCACAGAGGCCAAGGGGCCUUAGCUCUGACCCCAGGUUAAAGAGAGCCACCAGCCCCCCAUUUGCAGAAAAUCUAAGGGCAAGGAGAAAUAGAAAUUGCCUGUUCCUUCCCUUGAAAGUGUAAGGCCUCUUGCAGGAUCAGCUGGAGCCACCACAGCUUCUCAGUGACAUUGGGAGGGUUUCAGGCCCAGGGAAAACCUAAGCCUUUUGCCCUGAGAGCUGAGCCACAGCGGAUGCAUCCCCCAGUGGCGCCAGCAGUCCAGAGCGGCAGCUUCUCUCCUGCCAGUCACUGGGGCCUGGUUGUUCCCCACCCAUCCAGGAGGAAGGGUUUAGGUCCCAGUCUUACACUCUUACAGGGUCUCAUGGACGCAGGCCUAUGCCUGUUCUGAUACGUAUGUUUUUUAAACUCAAAAGGACCAAAAGAGACUCCUGAACCCUCAUCUAUAUGGCCUGCAUUGGGCCUGGUGUGUCUUCCUGGCCCAGGCAGCUCCAUCACUUCUGCCAUCCCUUCUGGACUAAAGUUGCAGGAUCCCCACCUCUAUCACUUCCCCAGAGGGUCACUGCACAGUGGCUUCAAAGAGAGGCCCUGUUGAAGGGGAAACAUCCUCCCCCCAUCACACUCCCAACUCGUCACCCCAAAAGGGAAGUCAAAGCACAGGUCUGUGGGGCCCAUGGUUUGUAGACACUGAUACAGUGGUUUUCAAACCAGGUGCUGCGGAACCCCUGGUAUUCCACAGAGCUUUGCCAGGGGAUGCUAAGGUGGGAAGAUGGGAGUGGAGGCAAAGGAUAAGUUUCCAGCCUUCCUCCCAUUUCCACCUCCACCAGAACAACUCUGCUUUUAUUUGUCUUGCCUACUGAGAUUUCAUUUUCAAGCUUUCUUUGAAGAAAACCUUCAAACCACCAUCUCCAGGUUUGAUCUUAGACCAGCCAGCACAGGUUCUAUUCUUGCUGCUCAUGUUGGAAUGGCUCCAGCAUUCCAGUACAAAGUGUCUUUGUGUUGGAACCUGACACACACACACACACACACACACGCGCGCGCGCGCGCGCGCGUACAUAGUUGAUGGUUUUUCUAGCCAACCCACUCUGAAGCUCUGGCCAAUGUUUGAUUUGAACAGGGGCCUGGUGCUCAGUGGGGAUGGGUCUUGACCCUGAUAUUGGCCCAUGAGGCAUGGGGACCUCUGCAGCAAGGAAACAGGCUCAAUCCCACACCUAGGACUUGUGUCUGCACCACUGUCUGGCACCCCACUUUCCUGGCCCAGGCCCAGGGGACAGCAGGAGAAGCAGUGUGAUGGAGAGAGAGAGCCUAGGGUUAAAUUCAUCUUUACACAGAGCCAGAUGGAUGGAAAUCUUGGCUCACAUAAAAGACAGACUCAGGGAGGAUUUUAUGACAAAAGUCCCUCCUUUGAGGGCAGGAUUCCCCCAGGAAUCCUGUACACUUUAGUGAGACCUGGAUCAGCCCUUGGUACAAAGUCCUGCCUGCCCUGCCCCCCACCCCCACCUCCCAAGGAAUUCUAGGUGAAAAUGUGAAGCUCAGGGCACAGCAAGCGCAUGACAUGAGUGUAUUACAUUAGGUCUGAGUGUGUCCUUAGUUUCCCUGUGUGUAAAAUGAGGCUAGUGCCAGGCUCUUCCCACCUCACUGGGACAAUUGCAAGGGUCAUAGGAGAGUUGGGUAUGAUAGGUGGUCAUAUGAGGUGGUGGGUAUAAGAAGUGGGUGCCUCACAAACUCGGGGCGUGGUCCUGACCUGCAUGGCAGAUGAGGAGAGCACUUGGGAACGAGCAUAGGAAGUGCCGUCUUCCCGGGCAUCUCUGCUCCGUGUUAAGGUCUAGCCACAGAUGCUGUGGCACCUGCCUCUUCCUAUGGAAUGGGGGCCUGCAUGGAUUGUGUCCUGGGGCAGGAGUGAGGGAUGGCUGGGAAGAAUCUGCAGGUCUGUGGCCCUUGUGUUGAGUGAUUAUUUUGUGACACUCUCAUUCCUGGACCACCUGCCAGGUUUAUCUGUUAUACCUGUGGCAUUCUUAUGUCAGACAAAUUAUUAUAGUUUAUUCAACUCUAACAAAUGAACAAAAUAAUAAUAAAUAGGAAGCCAUUAAAGGUCUUUUGUGGCA